AUGUGGCAACUGCGUACGCGUCGACAUCGAAUCCGAUGGUUUGCCAUUGGUUUUAUUUUAAUUGUUUUGGUUUGGUGUUCAAUUUUAUAUCGAAGUUUAUCAAUAAAUUAUGAACAAGAUGCACCUCAUCCACAUUCUCCAUCUGUAACAACUGAAUCCCUAUUUUUAUAUGAAAUCGAUAAUCUUGAUACAUUCAUACGACAUACACCUGUUAAAUAUAAUUAUCAUAUUUUUUAUUAUCCAUGGUAUGGAACUCCAGAAUAUGAUGGUGGCCAAUAUUUGCAUUGGAAUCAUCGUCGAUUAGCUCAUUGGAAUCGUGAAAAAGCCGUACAUUACCCACAGCAUCGACAUCAGCCACCGGAUGAUAUUGGUAGUAAUUUUUAUCCAUUUCUUGGUCCAUAUAGUUCUCGUUCUCGUGUUAUUCUCGAUAAACAUAUGCGAAUGAUUCGCAUGAGUGGUGCAGGUACUCUAUCAAUAAGUUGGUAUCCACCAAGUAUGGCCGAUGAUGAAGGACGUCCAUCGGAUGAUAUUAUACCGCUUUUACUAAAUAAAGCUGGAAAAUAUCAAUUGAAAGUUUGCUUUCAUAUUGAACCAUAUCAAAAUCGAACAGUUGACAAUGUCAUACAUUGGACACAAUAUAUCCUUCGUCAAUAUGGCUCGCAUCAAGCAUUUUAUCGUUACAAUGGAAAAGGUGUUUUUUAUAUUUAUGAUUCUUAUCGAAUAUCUGCACAUGAAUGGCGUCAAAAACUUUUUUCUAAUGAAAAAAUGAAGCAAGAAGCUUUUUUUGUUGGUCUCAUUCUUAAAUCUAAUGAAUGUCAACCAUUAGCAUCAUCUGGCUUCGAUGCGGCUUAUUCAUAUUUCGCUGCGAAUGGGUUUACUGAAGCAUCAACUUCGCAACGAUGGACUUUCACGGUUGGCCAAUGUAAAUCCAUACCGUUUAUUCCAAGUGUUGGGCCUGGCUAUAUUGAUACAAAUGUUAGACCAUGGAAUGGCGGAACAACACGACCGAGACAAAAUGGAGAAUAUUAUAAAAAAAUGUUCAAUGAUCUACCAAAAGGUAACGAUAGAAUUGUAACAAUAACAUCAUUUAAUGAAUGGGGUGAAGGAACACAAAUCGAACCAGCUGUAGAAAGAAGCAUUUCAAAAAAUAUUACCUAUGAAAGUUACCAUCAAGGACCUUUUACAUAUAUUUAUCUUACGCGUGAACUCAUUUUUGCCACUUAA